AUGAGCAGUUCGUCGUACAAGGUACACAAAGUACACACCACAUUCACCUUUUUUACGAUUAGCUCACACCCAUUUUGGCGCCCCGUUCUACCGUGGGAAGAGGAGCGCGGGACGGACGCUACAAUGGGCAUCACUGGCCUCCUGCCGUUGCUCAAGAGCAUCACUGAGACCAGAUCUAUCGAGGAAUACAGAGGACGCACCCUUGCGAUCGACGGCUACUGCUGGCUCCAUCGUGCCAUCUACUCUUGCAGCCAAGAGAUCUGUCUUGGCCAGAACACUGAUAAAUAUGUAACGUACUUUAUGGAUCGACUGGCUGCGCUGCAGCACUAUGGCGUGACUCCUUACGUUGUGUUCGACGGGGGCCCUCUCCCUAUGAAAAGAGGCACGGAGGAAGAGCGACGCAAGCUGAGACAGAAGAAUCGGGAGCUCGGAAUCGAACAUUACGACAACAAACGCUUUCGUGAAGCUCGCAAGUGCUUUAUUCGCGCUGCAGAUGUCUCUCCCUAUAUGGCUCAUCGAGUUAUCCAGCGUCUGAAAGCACAGAAUGUACUCUACGUCGUAGCUCCGUACGAAGCAGACGCACAACUGGCGUAUCUGGUGAAGAACGGACUUGCAGAUGGCGUCAUUAGCGAGGACUCGGACUGUCUUCCAUUUGGAUGUCAAACUGUUCUGUUUAAGAUGGAUCGGGACAACGCGGCACAGGAAAUUCAGAUGGUCAACCUUAAGAAAAACAAGGGUCUGAGCUUUCACAUGUUUACUGAGCAGAUGUUCCUCGAGAUGUGUAUUUUUUCAGGGUGUGAUUAUCUACCAAGUAUUCCUGGCUUUGGAAUAAAAAGGGCAUAUACGGCAAUGAAGCAGCACGGUUCUUUCGCAAAGAUCAUUCGUGCGUUGCGUCUUGAAGGUAAGGUGCGAAUUCCUGCGACCUACGAAGACGACUUUGCGAAGGCAGUCUUGACUUUCCGACAUCAGCGCGUAUAUUGUCCCGAGAAAAAGGAACUGGUUCCUCUUACACCGAUUCCGUCGAAUCUUUUAGCAAGUGACCCUACAAUGGAUUUCGUGGGACCAGUACUACCUAGCGACCUUGCAACGGAAAUUGCCAAUGGAGAUGUGGAUCCUAUCACUAUGAAGCGAUUUCGCACACAGGUACUACUUCCAAGCAACACGUCGUUCCAGUCAAGUCCUGACGAGUCCGUAGUCCAAAAACCUGCAGCACCUCUUGUCGCACCAAAAGCAGACAUCACACCAUCCAUCCAUGCUUCCAAGUUGGCCGCAGUGGCUGCACCCAAUGCUUCUAGUUUGUGUCCAGCUGACGUACGAAGAAAAAUGCCAGUGUCGUUCAGGAAUACGAACAAGGUGACGCCCGCAGCUGCGUUGCCCACGACGAAAAGCUCGCAAAGCUUGACAGUCGAUUCAGCUGCUGAUACCAUGGCGGCUACUCCGCUUCUGACUAGCCGCUUUUUUGAGAAGAAGAGUUUCAAAAAGAUGUCACCGCUUCAUGGCUCUGUGACAUCGGGUCUACCUCGUUCGAUGGAUGGAUCAUCGUAUCAAAGUCAGGAGACGUGUAAGAUUGACUUAUCAAAGGACGUCACUUUUGACCCGCAGAGUGACGAGAGCAGAGUAUUACACACUCUUCGAGUCGACGGGGUUUCUAAAGAGAACCGAGCGCCGAAUCUUCUCGAAGCAGUGCAAAAUGUCCCGUCGGUAGCGAAGGAAACAGCUUUUUCACGGAUGAUGCGUGCUGGCUCGAUGCUUCAGCAACAUAAAGUGAAGAAACGAAAGACGCAUGGCGCAGGAGUUCGCAGCGGAAAAUUACACAUCACGCAUCAAGCUCAUACUUCUGGUCAAAUUGAACGAUUUGUGUUUCCAAACAAAGACAAGUCGGGUGAAGCUGAGAAGAACCUUGACAUAAUUUCCAAGGUGCCACGCGAACUACCCACGACUACGUUGAACGAUGACCGCAAAGAAGAUAAUACUUGUACACCUGCUACCUCGACCGAAAGUUGCGUCGAUGUCGUUCGCAAAGCCACAGUGAGUACAUUCGGCCAGCGACGCGCAGUUGGUACAUUAAAGAUCGCCACAGGUAGGUCAUUGGCGCCCCUCGCAUCAUUCGAUCGGUUCCGCUUCAAGUACUAG